GUUAAGUUUUGCUGGGUGUGGGAAAGAAAAAAACUUUCCCUCUUCCAGUCUAGCAAAAAUGUAUCGUUACUUACUACUCGUGUGUCUUGCUUUGCUGGACGAUGUAACAGCCAAAAUACCUGCGGCACCGGGUGAAAAAAAAUGCCCAGCCCUUCAAAUAGGGGCCCGUGUGAUUACCAAGCAUUCCUGUACUAGUGCCCCAAGCGACGUCGAUACAGUUUGUUCGUUCGAGUGUCCCAGAGGAUACCUGCGAAAUGGUCCGGGACUUAAACGCUGCCAGUUAGACGGUUCUUGGACAAAUGCUGAUGAUCCUGUCAAAUGUGAUGAUGUGAAUGAAUGUGAUACCGCUAAUGGGUUCUGCAGUCACCUCUGCGUGAACAAACCUGGAAGUUACAAGUGCAAGUGUCCUCCGCCGCUUAAAUUGGAUCCGAAAAAUCAGAGGAAAUGCGAAGGUCCUGGUGUUCAACUUACUUGUGAUCCAAAUCACAUGGAGAUCGUUCUACCCAAAAACCUCAUCCACAACUUACGUCAUGAGCACCUGAGUCUCAUCAACUCAAGCUGUCGAGCAAACGGGAACGCUACGCACUACAGCUUGUCUACAGACAUCACAAAAUGUGGAACCACUUCCCACGUGUACAAAAACUUCAUCGUGUACACCAAUAGGGUGAUCGAAUCUCCUAACGAAGACUCGGACGUCAUAACCCACGUGGGCGUUAACGAAAUCAAAGUUCCAUUCAGUUGCUACUUCAACGACCUCGAAAUCGUCCACUCCGUCGGGUACAAGCCUGUGGCGCAGAAAAUCCACGUGUACGUCAAAGGACGCGGUGAAUACGCUCUAAGCCUGGACAUAUUUAAGGAUGGGAGUUAUGGAGAAAGAUCUCGAGCUUUGGCGCCAUUGUCCGCGAAGUAUACGCAAGACGACUUCCCCAUCAAAGUUCAACUCCGUGAGCGAGUUUUCGUGCAAGCAUCGUUAGACACUCGCGAGAAGGAUCUGAAGAUAUUUGCCUCCAACUGCUGUUCGACACCAAUGCACGAUCACGAGGCUACUAUGAAAUUCAGACACGCGUUGAUUGUGGAAGGUUGUCGCAGGGACCCUACUGUUCAAUUCCAUAACUCUUCUGACCCAACGAAAGUCCGAUUCAGUUUCGAAGCGUUCCAGUUUCUUGGCAACCACGAUUACGUCUUUAUCCAUUGCCGUGUCCAUGUGUGUGAUGUUAACGAUAAAAACUCUCGCUGCGCGAAGGGAUGCCUCCCAGGAUUCGGCAAGCCGCCCGCGCAAGAUCAUCCUGGUAAGAUUAAGAAACCUCAGACUCCGGCAAAACGUGCGAAGAAGCCUGUAGCUCAACCAAACGUAAAGAACGUAAAGAAGGUGGUGGCGUCGGGUACCAGCAAGGAAGCGGAAGUUCGAUCUGAGAGCAAGAAAAGCACUGUGAAGGCUGUAGCUAAAGUCUUACCGGAAGCACCUUCGAUAAACAAGAAGAAGGUUCAAGAUCAACCCAAGAAAUCACAAAAGGAAGAUGCCGAGACGGAAUUAAGCCAUCUUAUGAAACGUGCUGCUGCUUCGCGUUUUCCAGAGAGAGGCGUGUUGGGUUCUGCUGACCUAACCUCCAAAGGUCCAGUCUUGCUCGAACAUGACAAAAGAAAUAGCAAGAGAGAGCCUGGGCCCAAGAAAGUAUUCGCCGAUGCGAAAGGGAUUGAUAUGAGCCAUGAUGUGAAGGAAAAGAACCAACGUUCGUCCGUGGCUCCAAGUGCGACGAACAUUGUUCUAGUGGCGCUAACAGUAGCUUCCAUCAUGGCGCUGGUUGGGGUUGCAUAUCUUGGUCGCAAAGCGACAAAGAUUGUGAACAACCCUUACAAUUACGAUUCCUUAGCAAUCGAUCAGUAACCUUCAUUAGUUUUUAAUCCCACUUCCUGUUUGUUCUUUGAUAUAAAAUUGGUUUUAGCCCUUUCCAAUCUGUAAAAUGCUUGAAAAUAGUAGAAUCUAGUUUUAUCUCAGCCCUCCUCCAUGAAACUUUCACGAGGUUCCACAAGGGAAUAAAGUUCUCGCACAAUUCACUCGGAUAAAAGAUGGCUCCUUUACACGGUUUUAAAGUAUUAUGAUAGCGGAAAACUGGGCUGGUAUUUCUGCUUGUUUUUUUCUUUUCUGCCCAAUAUUUUUCUGAAUUAAUCUGUUUCAAGAAUGUUUACUCGUGUUAAUAAGGACACGCCCAUAUACGCUGUGCUUAAGGCAAAACAUACGUACUCGAAAUACAGUCAGUGAAACGGUUAUCAGUCGAACCGGUAUUACGCGCACUGUUUGGCACCUUGUGAAAGCAGUCAGUUUCCAAAGUCCCGAAUUUUUUCCCCUUAAUCUCUGUAACUUUCACCUAUAUAGUGUGGUGGUGGUGGUCUUCUUUGACAGCCCUCCCAACGGCCUUUUCAGAUUGUCUUCCACCUGUAUUGAACGGUAUAGAGCGGAAAAAAUCAAAUAAAACUAAGAAUAAUCUUCAAGUAAAUUUAAAUCCAUGUUUAUCUCCCGGAAUCAAUGUUGGAAGUAUUUUUAUGCGACUUUUUGUACGCUAAGUGGAUAAUUGUGGCAUAAAUUGGCGUUUUCAAUGGUUGUUUUUACGUUUUAUAACAUAUUUGUAUGCAUGUAAGCAAGUUAGGUAGUCGUCUCAUAAUGUUAGAGCCGGAAAAAGCAUCGUGAAAGCAUUCUUGUAGGUUCGUUUUCUUUCCAAUAAAGGUAUAGGUAUCCGA